GGGCCACAUCACUAAAAACCAAAAAACCGCAAAUUAAAAAACUGACGUUAUUGUAAUCAUCAAGAAGUUACUAGGUAAGUAACAAUUAAAAUUAAUUUUAAAAAUUAUAGUUUAAAAAAAUGCCGAAAAAUAAAAAAGAGAAAGACACUUCGGACUCUGAUUCUGGCCCAGAAGAUAGAAACCCUCCAAGCAAAAGAGGUAAAAUGAUUGAAAAUAGUAGAGAUUCAAAAGAGGUCGCACACAAAAGACAAUGGGUACUUGAAAAGUUGCGACAGGUAAAUAUUAGUGAAUUCAGGGGCAAAAAGAUGGUCGAUAUACGAGAAUUUUAUGAGAAAGAUGGGCAAAUUUUGCCUGGAAGAAAAGGAAUUUCUCUAUCAGUUACACAGUGGAAAAUGUUGCUUAAUUAUGCGAAUGAAAUAACAGCGGCUGUUGAAGAUCUCUGAUAAAUAAAUUUUUGUUACAAGUAAAAAAAAUCUUUAUUUGAUAUUUGUAAAAUAUAAAAGAAUGGAAAUGCUAAAAAAAAAUUUAAUUAUUCAAGUGAAUAAUUUUU